GCUGGUCAGGAUGGUGGGCGGGCUACCGGUUAAGAGGCUGCGUGGGACCGUUGGGCAAGUGUACCAGGGGAAAUAUAUCGACCGGUUUCCUGAGCUCCCCACAGCUGGAAAGUUGAUACCAAUUGGAGAAACAGCUGCCUCUUGUCUUACUGAAAUCCUACCCAAACCAAUUACGCCACCUGUUGUACAAAAGUUUCGAAAUACCAGCAAUCCUCCUACAGGUAAAGAAAGAGUAUUUUAUGGCCGAGCAAAUGAUCCUGAUAUUGCAUCAUAUUUGACUCAUGGAAUAACAACCGUCCUUCCAGAGAAUGCAUCACCAUUAAUAAAUCCACCUCCUAAAACAUGUUUCCAACAAAAAAUUAAAGAAAAGAAAGAAUCUGUCUACUUAAGUAGCUGUCAGGCUCCUCUUGGGAAAUCUCAUGAUCAGUCCCUACGAUUGCCUAAAGGAUUUGAUGUGAAUAAUACUCGAUUUGGAACAAAAGUAAAAAAAGAGAUUUCUGCUGCAGACAUUGUAAAUCCCCAAAAGACAUUUGAUGAAGUCCAAAAGGAAGCACAGGAGGGACAUGACUUAUAUGUUACAACACACAAUGAUUAUUUUGUUGGAGAGGCAGUGAAUAGAAAAUAUAAUCCAUCCACAUUCAACAGAUUUAAUCUUUAUGGUAAAGAAACUCCACAUUUUAAUGAUGGCCGGAAUAUUGGUAGAACUUUACAUUGGUUACAUGAUCUGCAGAUGUACAUAGCAGAUACGCUUAAUGUUCCUCCAGAUCACACAUUCGGAAUACUUAUUCAGCCUGAAGAAUAUGGUGUUGGGGACCUUCUUCAUAAUCGACUUCCAAGUGAAUAUCUUAAGAGUAAAGACAGAGAACGUGCUGUUUUUACUGCACUUCGACAAAAUUUGAAAAAGGCAAAUUACCACAACUUUGAUACUUUAUUGCAUGCAUUUCGCCAUUAUGAUAAGGAUGGUGAUCGAAAAAUAAGCAGAGAGGAUUUGAAAAAGGCAUGCUUUCAGCUUAACUUGGACUUGGAUGAUGAACUUUUGGAUUCUUUAUUUAAUUACUGUGAUUUGGAUAAAGAUGGUUUUAUAAACUAUUUGGAGUUUGUAAAUUUUCUUAACUGGAAAGACAAAAUGGCUAUUCAAGAGUUUGAAGAAAAAAUAAUAACAAAAGGGAAAAAAACAGCUCCUUUUGAUCUUAUUCCAGCAUAUGAUUCAGAAAUUAAAGCUAAUGAAAAUGCUCUGCUAAAGCAGGAUGAUAUUGUACACAUGGAACCAGGAAGUUUAGAAAAAACAGCUAGAACACUGUCAAGACCAACUGAUCGUGUAUUUUCUGAUUAUCGCACAACGUCUUCUCAAUAUAAUGCCAUUGUAGGUGGUAUUCCCACAUCAUUUUACCCCUUAUAUGGUAUUCCAACCAUUCGUUCAGAUAUUCCGGCUCCUCGUUUUCGUCGUAUCAGCGACACCACUAAUUAUGGGGAUCAAGCAACUAUGUAUGCACUGUUAUACCCCUCUAUCCAUAAUAAAAAAGGAGUGUAUGAGAAAGACUUCUUCAGGAUAAGAUCAAAGGAAGAGAUUUCAGACAUUUUGCGCAACAUUGGUGUGAAACUUUCAGAUGAAAGCUUUGAUGAAGUAUGGAGGCAGGCCUGCCUGAAAGAUCAUAGAGGAAAAGUUUGUGUAGAAUCCAUCAGAAAUGUACUAGAUGAGAUGCAGGCAUUACACUUGACCAGCUGAUAAAGACUUUCUUUUGAAUUAUGUGAUACUUAUGGUUUGAAUAUUUUCUUACUGCAGUGAAUUUUCCUGUUAUGACAUGGUUUUGAGACAGUCUGUGCAUAUAAAGACAUUUAUUUAUCAAAAAAUAUUAAAUUGAAUUUCAUUUUAUUUUUAAAAAGUAUUAAACAGCCAGAAAAAAGAAAUGUGUACUAUGUAUUAUGGGACCCAAAACAGUAUCAGAUACCCAUUGUUUAAAAAAAUAUAUACUAGAAUAUGGUAGAAAAUUUGUCAGAAUAAUCAUUAGGCAAAAACUGUUAAUUUCAGAACUAUUAUAAAUGUUCUAUCUUACUCAACAAAUAUGCUGCUUUUAUGAAUGAUGUCUGCAUAUAUUCAUUGAUAGGCCUAUACACAAAAUCAAAUGACAUUGGUCAUAGUUGUUUCUUUGUUAUUAAGUGAUGUGAACCUACUGUACAAUUUACUAGGCUAGUCAUGAAUUCUUCUUGCAUGAAAUUUCUAUCUUCUCCUGUGUGUGUGUGUGUGUGUGUGUGUGUGUGUGUGUGUGAAAGUAUAUAUUGAAAGUAUAUCAGAAUAGCCCAAUGCAUCAUUCCAUUAUAAACAAUAAACAGGUUCAAAUUACCCUAGUUUAUGCACCAAAAAUAAGCUAUAGUGAUGAUGAGGUUGAAGAGUUUUUAUGAUGAUGUGGCCCUCCUUCAAGACAAAAAUGCCAAUACAAAAUAUUAAUGGAUAACUUUAAUGCAAGAAUAGGAAGGACAAUACCUGGAAAAAAGUGACUGGCCCAAAAGUGGUGAAUGAGAUUAUAGAGGUGACAGACUAGUAGAUUUUGCUGAUGAUUAGUAACUUUAUAUCAUAAACUCAUAAGAAAAAAUCUAGCAGAAAAUGGACAUGGAAGAGUCUAUCUAUGUAUACAAGUGAAACUAACUACAUCAUGUCAAGUGAUAAAACCAUAUUCUACAAUUGAACUGUCAUUUAUCAUUUUAACAUUGGAAGUAACCCUAGAAUUGUAUGAGCUAAAAUGAAGAUAGAUUGUUGAAAAGAGCAUAUGAAAAUGAUACUUCACAAAAAACAAAAAUAGUAAUAAGCUGUUAGAGGAGACCAGCGAUUUUUAGAUUAAUCUAUCAAAUUACUUUGCUCUACUGCAAGAUUUGGAAGAGAUGAACAUUACAGACCAAAAUGAACAAAUAAUCAAAAACAUCCUUGAAUCUGCUACCUCUAUAGCAUUGCUGGAAAAACCUUCAUACAAUCAAAAACCUCUGAUGAAACUAAUGUUUUAAUGAAAAAACAAUAGACAGGAAUACC